GAAUUUGUGGGGGCUGAGUGGGCCCCCGGGUGUGUCUCACACUUGACACUGGCCUUCUGGACCCGGAUGCAAAGUGGCUCCACUCUGGUGCUAGGGGACCCUGUCGCUGUUCACCAACGAGGCCGGGGGCAUCUUGGAUGACUUGAUUGUGACCAACACCUCGGAGGGACACCUGUACGUGGUGUCCAACGCUGGCUGCCGGGACAAGGACCUGGCCCUCAUGCAGGACAAGGUCAGGGAGCUGCAGAGCAGGGGCAGCGACGUGGGCCUGGAGGUGGUGGACAAUGCCCUGCUCGCCCUGCAAGGCCCCACUGCGGCCCAGGUGCUCCAGGCCGGCGUGGCGGACGACCUGAGGAAGGUGCCCUUCAUGACCAGUGCCGUGAUGGAGGUGUUUGGCGUGCCCAGCUGCCGCGUGACCCGCUGUGGCUACACAGGAGAGGAUGGUGUGGAGAUCUCAGUGCCAGUGGAGGGGGCGGUCCGCCUGGCCACAGCUCUGCUGGGAAACCCCGAGGUGAAGCUGGCAGGGCUGGCAGCCCGGGACAGCCUGCGCCUGGAAGCGGGCCUCUGCCUCUACGGGAGCGACAUCGAUGAGCACACCACGCCCGUGGAAGGCAGCCUCAGCUGGACGUUGGGUGAGCUGGGCUGGCUCCGGGGCUGGGACCCUGAGGCUGCAGUGCCCGUAAGAGACCAGCCAGCCUGGGACCACGCCCAGCGGGCAGCCUGCAGCCAGUGACCGCCUCCCCGAGCCUCCUUCCCUGACGGGGCCACUGUGGCUGCACCCGUUAGACGCCAGGGCCCCUCGCUUGGCAGGCUGAGGGCCAGCGUGGCCUCUAGGACCAGGGGCAGUGGUUGGGGGCUGGCUGACCACACGGCAGGGGAUGAACAAAGCCUCCAUGCUGAGGGU